AUGUUGACCCUGACUCCAUCCUUAACGGUGUCCUUUGAAGCCAAGACUGUGUUUUUGUUUCUUUCCUUUCUGGAGUUUGCAGUGGGGAUCCUGACCAAUACGUUCAUUUUCUUGGUGAAUCUUUGGGAUGUGGUGAAGAAGCAGCCACUGAGCAACUGCGACCUUGUGCUACUCUGCCUUAGCAUCACGCGGCUUUUCCUGCAUGGGCUGCUGUUUCUGGAUGCCAUUCAGCUCGUCUGCUUCCAGAAGAUCCAACACCCACUGAGCUACGACUACCAAGCCAUCCUCAUGCUGUGGAUGAUCGUGAACCAAGUCAGCUUCUGGUUCGCCGCCUGCCUCAGCCUCCUCUACUGCUCUCAGAUCGCUCGUUUCUCUCAGCCCUUCUUGCUCUGCUUGACAAGUUGGGUCUCCAGGAGGAUCUCACAGAUUCUCCUGGGGGCGAUGCUUUUCUCCUGCAGCUGUGCUUGCCUCUGCCUGUGGGACUUUUUUGGCAGAUCUCACUUCAUCCUCACAGCGGGGUCACCCCUGAACGAUACACACUUCGAUUUGCAUGUUUCGAAACUCCAAUUCUUUUACUCCUUUAUCUUCUGCAAUGUGAUGUCUGUCCCCCCUUUCGUAUCUUUCCUGGUUUCCUCCGGGUUGCUGAUUUUCUCCCUGGGAAGUCACAUGAGGACAAUGAAGUCACAAACCAAAGACUCUGGGGACCCCAGCCUGGAGGCCCACGUCAAAGCCCUCGUGUCGCUGGUCUCCUUUCUCUGCUCCUACGUGCUGUCCUUCUGUGCUGCCCUCAUCUCCAUACCUCUGCUGAUACUGUGGCGCAGCAAGGUUGGGGUGAUGGUUUGUAUAGCUGUGAUGGCGGCCUGCCCCUGUGGCCAUGCAGCCGUCCUCAUCUCGGGCAAUGCCAAGCUGCGGAGGGCAGGAAAGGCCAUUCUCCUCUGGGCUCAGAGCAGCCGCAGGGGAAGGACCCCCCACAAGGCAGGCCCCAAGAUGCUUUGCUGA